CCGCCGGCCGAGGCUGGGCUGCGGGAGGCGGCCGGGCAGCCCCGAGCCUCGCUAGGGCGACCAAAACAAAGGCAGCAUCCGGGGCUGGGUGGAUGCAAACAACCAUGAAAGACUGGGCUCGCUCUGUCCCCGGCUCCGCUGCUGCCGCUGCCGCUGCCGCUGCCGCUGCUCCUCCUCCCGCCGCCGCCGCCGCCCGGAGGGCUCCGCUGUGAGGGGGAAACAGGGGCGCAGCUGCUGGGCGUGAAUCCGAAAGGUGCGAGCCCGAGAGCCGGAGGAAGGGGCGGGCAGGCCACGAAAAUGUCCUCGGCCGUGGGGCCCCGCGGUCCUCGCCCACCCACGGUGCCUCCCCCCAUGCAAGAGCUGCCCGACCUGAGCCACCUGACCGAGGAGGAGAGGAACAUUAUCAUGGCAGUGAUGGACCGGCAGAAGGAAGAGGAGGAAAAAGAAGAAGCCAUGCUCAAGUGUGUUGUCAGGGACAUGGCGAAGCCUGCUGCCUGCAAAACACCAAGAAAUGCUGAAAACCAGCCCCAUCAACCUUCACCGAGAUUGCAUCAGCAAUUUGAAAGUUAUAAAGAACAAGUGAGAAAAAUAGGGGAAGAAGCACGGCGUUACCAAGGCGAGCACAAAGACGAUGCUCCGACUUGUGGAAUCUGUCAUAAAACCAAGUUUGCUGAUGGAUGUGGCCAUCUCUGCUCCUACUGCCGCACCAAAUUCUGCGCCCGGUGCGGUGGCCGCGUGUCUCUGCGAUCGAACAACGAGGACAAAGUGGUUAGAAUCCAUGAUUUCUUUCCUAUCAUUUGUUAUGAUAAUGUUGUGAACUUUAUUAAGUGAAUGUUUCACCUAGUGUUGUUAAUCACUGUAUUUCACAAGGAAAUUAUAUGCUAGGAAGAGCUCAUUCCCAGUUCUCAUGGGAAAAAUAAUAAAAUGAACAUCUAGGAACAUUACAGCUUCAUAUUCAUAGGUAAAGUUUGGGUAGUUUGAGCUCAUGGGGAUGGUGAUAUUUUAGUAUAAUUUAAAUCAUUAUGAACUUAUAUGUCCUCUUAGCUCUCUGAGUUUUGAUGAUGAUUCCAUCUGCUGUUAGGAACAAUAAUGUCUAAGGGACUCUACCUUUCUCAGCACUCAAGAGAUGUAUAGGCAGAUAAUUUGAAACUUUAUUGCAGAAGGAAUGGAAUGGACUGAUUUAGUGGAGAGAACGGAUCUAAUUAAAAUCAAGAGCUCAAAAAAAAAAUGACUUUUCUAUAGAACACAAGUAGCAGAGUUGUCAUAUUGAACCACAUUAUACCCUUCUCCCCUGUGCCGAAAU